CGGCGCGGUGACGUCACGGCGGAGUUGCCAUGGCGGCGCUGAGCAAGGCGGCGGCGGCGCUGGAGUCGUACAGGGGCCGGGACCGCCUGAUCCGGACGCUGGGGUACUGCUGCCAGCUGGUUGGUGGCAUCCUGGUGGAACGCGGUCCUGCCCAGUCGGAGGUGGGGACGCGCCUGCUGGCGGUGUCCGCCCAGCUCAGCCACUGCAGGACUGUCCUGCGGCUCUUUGACGACCUGGCCAUGUUCGUCUACACUAAGCAGUACGGCCUGGGGCCAGAGGAGGAGGACGUCUUUGUCCGCUGGGUGUCUGUCCUGGGCAACAUGGCCGACCAGCUCUACUACCCCUGUGAGCACCUUGCCUGGGCGGCUGAUGCCAAGGUCCUCCGCGUGGACUCUGCCCGCUGGUGGACUCUGAGCACCACCCUCUGGGGCCUCUCCCUCCUGCUGGGCAUCGCCAGAGGUCCCCUCGUCUCUGAUGUCCCAGGGCCCUGUGGACGGUGCAGAGGCUGCGACAGAGGCUGCGGAGCCCCACGGCCUUCACCAGCCGGCUGCCCCGCAGCAAGCGGCGGGCCAUGGAGGCGCAGAUGCGGUCCGAGGCGCUCACCGCCCUCAGCAACCUGGCGGACCUGGCCAACGCCGUGCACUGGCUGCCACCGGGCGUCCUGUGGGCCGGCCGCUUCCCCCCGUGGCUGGUGGGCCUCAUGGGCACCAUCUCCUCCCUGCUCAGCGUCUACCAGGCGGCCCGGGCUGGUGGCCAGGCAGAUGCUGCCAGCCCCUGACGUGGAUGAAGAGCGCGUGGACGAGCUGGGACUGGUGGAGGAGCCCUUCCCCAACACAGGCAACGCCAGGCCGGCGACUGUGUCUCUGGUUAAGCAGCCUGAGGGGCAAGCCCGUGGCUGGGGCGAAAGAGGGGCUGGCAAGAGGCUCCCCAGGUCCCAGAGGGGAGCCCUCUCUCAAGACCCCAGCGGUGGGCCCCUGGACUCCUGGGCCCUGGCAGUGCUGGUCAAGGCCACCCUGGGCUGCUGGCCGCCCUCUCACAUCCAGUGAUGGGAAGGAGAGUGGAUGCCGAAGUGGAAAGCAAUUAAAUAUCUUGGUGCUAGUGCUGGGC